GUACUGUGUUCUGUCCACCAGAAUAAAACAAACAAAAACAAAACAUUCAAAGAUAUACAGAACCAUAACCAAACCAACCAAAGCCAUAGCCACCUUCCUCAAACCCAAUUCCUCAACAGUUUUCCACCCUUUUCUUCAUCUACUCUUUCCAAAAAGCAGUAUAGAUGCAUAAAGUCUGGUGGCCUCUGAUUUGAUCCAUUCUUGAUGUCAAACAACAAAAGAGAACAAAAUUGUCCACGUUUUGAUCAAAUAACAGAAGAGUUAGUCGAAAAUGGGAGGUUGCUGUUGUUCUGCCAGAAAACCUCAUCUGCAAGGAGCACCAGUGUGUUACUAUUGCCCACCAACUUUUGAAGAGCGCGAAUCUUUAACUUCUAAUGAUGGUACAAAUGCUUCGCGCAAUGCUGGAUUUCUGGUUGGUUUGAACCUGGAAGGAUCCAUGCCUGAUACUUUCCAGCCCCCUCCUGUGCCUCUACCUUAUGAUACAGUAUUGGGAGGUUUUGCAUCAACAGAUUCCGAAUCUGGAAGAGAAACAGUUAGUAGUUUUGAAACUUUAAUUACACGUGAAGAUGCUGAUGAAUCAGAUUGUAAAGCUCAAGCCAAUUCUGCUCCUACAUCUCCAAGGAAGGCAGAACUAUCAAAAUCAAAUGUAACUCAAGUGUUAGUGACAGAAGAGGAGGAUGUUUGUCCAAUUUGUCUUGAAGAAUAUGAUGUUGAGAAUCCUAGAAAUUUGACAAAAUGUGAACACCAUUUUCACCUUUCUUGCAUUCUUGAGUGGAUGGAAAGAAGUGACUCCUGUCCUAUAUGUGAUCAGGAGAUGAUAUUUUGACCAGACAAUGAUUUAGUUUGAUUGUUUUAAAAUCAAAGCUUAUUAACGCAUGGAAGAUAGAUGAAGUUCAUUGUAUGAUAACGGGUUAGAUGAUGGUAGCUACAGAUUCAUUUUCAAUUCGUGGUCCAUUGAUAAAGUCACUAUUUUAGUAGGCCCAGUCAUUGGGUAUCUGUGAGAAGAAGAAUGAGGUUUUGAUAGAAUUCUACACCAUAUAGCAUAUCUAAGACUAAGAUGCCUUUUCUUGUGUUGAUUUAAUGCUCUCCAUUCUCUUGUAAAAAUUUCUCAAUAUUUAUUUGUUUUCUAAUAUUUUUUUUUUCUGGGGGAUGCAUAAUGGUCAUGCUUGACUUACAUUUUCAUUUUAUAUAUAUAUAUAUAUAUAUAUAUAUACACACACCUUAGUAGAUUCUUGGGGCUU